ACUGGGUGGGGGGCACGGGCAGAGGGUGCUGGUGGCCGGUGCCCUCCUCUGAUCGCCAGUCUCCUUUCUCUCGGCAGCACGCGGGGCGGCGGCGCGGCCGGCCAGGACACCCGGACCAUGCUGGCGUGCCUGCAGCGGACCCAGAACCCCCCAGGCCAGCACCUCGCCUGCCCCAACAAGGCCCUGGAGCCACGCAAGUGCGAGACGGCGGCACCCAUGCAUUCCCCGCGCUACCCCAGCCCCGCCGAGCUGGACGCCUAUGCACAGAAGGUGGCCAACAGCCCGCUGACCAUCAAGAUCUUCCCCACCAACAUCAGGGUCCCACAGCACAAGCACCUUAACCGAACGGUCAACGGCUACGACACCACGGGGCAGCGCUACAGCCCCUACCCCGUGCACGCCAGCGGCUACCAGGGCCUCCUGGCCAUCGUCAAAGCCUCCGGCAAAAGCGUGGUGAAGAACGCGGAGGGGAAGCGGACUAAACUGUCGCCCGCCCAGGCCGGCGUCGCUCCCUACCCAGCCUCAAGCACUUUAGCUCCAGGCCCUUCCUGCGCCGGGCAGCUGAGCUACCACGGCGGCCAGAAGCAGCUGGAGGGCCCCGUGCCCCCCAACGUGACGGUGGCGGCCUCGGCAUUGCCGCUGGCGGGCAGGAGCCUGGCGCUGCCUCCCUCCAACCUGCCGUCCAUCCAGAGCAUCAUCUACCAGCUCAACCAGCAGUGCCAGGCCCAGGGUUCCCAACCCGCCUGCCCGGCCCUGGCGGGCGCCCACCCCAGCCCGGCCAAGCACGGCGCCUUCCCCGCCGUGGCCUCGGCCGGAGCCUACGCCGGCGCCAUGCUGCCGGACUGCCGCAAGGGAGCCGAGCUGGCGCUGGGCUCCAACCCGGCCUUGGCACCCAAGGCUGGUCUCUACCCCGACGGCGUGGACUACCUGCUCUGGCAGCAGAAGCAGCAGCAGCACCUGCGAAUGUACAGCGGGGGCGGCAGCGGGGGGGCUCUCAGCAAGUCCCCCGAGGCUUGCGCCGGCGCCUCGCGCCCCUACGGGCCGGCGGCGGCGGCGGGCGAGAAGGUGAGCUCGUCGCCCUUGAACUGCAUGCACGGCAACUUCUCGGUGGGGCAAUACUUCGCGCCGCCCUGGAACAGCGUCCUGGUGACCCCCACCAGCGACUGUUACAACCCCCCCGAGCUGGGACCCGCUCCCCGCGAGCUCGGCGUGCUGCCGGCCGAGGGGCUGCCCAGCAAGAGCCUCUGCAACACCUCCAUCCUCAGCAGCAGCCUCCAGUCGCUGGAAUAUCUCAUCAACGACAUCCACCCGCCCUGCAUCAAGGAGCAGAUGCUGGGCAAGGGCUACGAGACCGUGUCUGUGCCAAGGCUCUUGGACCACCAGCACGCUCACAUCCGCCUGCCCGUCUACAGAUAAGGAGCGGCUGCUGCUCUUCCCAAAGCCAGGGCGACGGCCGGGAGGGCGGCCGGGGGGCCUCCGGCACCGCGAGGCUGCGAGACCGUGGAGGCCAGGGCGGGGUGAUGGGGGGGGGACGGGGUUGUGCUACCGAAAGGGGUCCCGGCGCCCCGCAGAUACUGGCAUUUAACCGGGGGUCGUCAAACUUGGAUGCACCCGAAACCCGCUGGAAGCCAAGGAUGAAGGAAUGCUUGUCUAUAUAGCUCAGAAAUCAUUUUAUUUCCACGAAUGUGAACAGGGAAUCGCUACGAGUUGCUGCUAUCCAGGGAGAGGAGGCUCCGCUCUGGGCACGGGCGUGCGCGCGGCGGCCCCGGGGGCUGCGCCGCAGGCAGGGUCCCCGCCCGCGAGCGCCCGCGCUCACCUUUAGUUGAAGUCCAUAACUUGCACUGCUUUGAUUAAAGCUAAUAACUGGGGACAGUCUGGAGGCUAUUUAAGAAAAACACUUGAAAACUUGAACAGAUUUUUUUUUUUUCUUUUUUUUUUUUAGUUGCCCAGAGCGUGCGUCUCGUGGUGGCUGCGGCACCGCCCGCCCCGCCACGGGGUGAGCAGGGGCUGGGGUCACCCAGAAAAAGUCCCACAGGGCGGCCGAGCCCACGGGACCACGCCUAAGUCUCAGAUUUCCAAGGUUUGGGGUUUUUUUUUGCUUUUUUUUUUUUUUUUUUUUAACUGUCAAUGAUACCCUUGUUCCAUUUUAGAGGCAGGCAAGGAGAUGUAGGAUCACAUCCAGUAACACAUCUCGCCACCGCGCUGGGGUGGGAUUGCAGACUUCCUUUUCUUUUCUUUUUUUUUUUUUUUAAAGCAGUUCAAAACCACUCAUUCUGGUCCGUUAUUCAGUCUGUGUAAUUAUGUGUUUAAUAGAUUUAUUCAUUUAAAAAGGCUCCGCAUCACAAAAUACAAAGUGUUUUGAUGUUUAAAGGAAAAGGAAACAAUACCCCGAUGGAACCCAAGGUGAUUGUGCUCAGAAAAGAGGUACUGUAUCCCUGAAAGGCCUGUUCAAGCACUAAGUGCAUUUACAAAUCUCUGAGAAUGUUUUUUUUUAUACUAAAAUUGACCAUUAUAUUCUACUGUGAGAAGUGCUGUCUGCACUAUAUUGUUUUAAAAAUGAGAGAAAACAAACGAAAAAAAAAAAAAAAAAAAAAAAAAAAAA